ACAAACGUUUUACAUCAACUUUGCGGCAUUGGUUUGUUUACAUUUUUCAAGAUCCCAGAAAAUUGCAGAUUUUUCUGUAAUUAAGGAUGGAUUUCCAGAAUCGUCCUGGUGGGAAAACCGGAGGAGGAGGAGUGGCAUCAUGGUCAGAAACGAAUCGCGAUCGCCGGGAACGUUUGAGGCAGCUGGCCUUGGAGACAAUAGACCUGGCCAAGGAUCCUUACUUUAUGAAGAACCAUUUGGGUUCCUAUGAGUGCAAAUUGUGUCUGACCCUUCACAAUAACGAGGGAAGCUACCUGGCACACACGCAAGGCAAGAAGCAUCAGGCUAACUUGGCCCGGAGAGCUGCUAAGGAGGCUAAGGAAGCUCCUCAGUCACUGGCACCGGAGAAGCCACGAGUAGAGCCCAAGAAAUUCGUGAAAAUCGGACGUCCAGGCUACCGUGUAACCAAGCAACGAGAUCCGGACAGUGGACAGCAGAGUCUCCUGUUCCAGAUUGACUAUCCCGAGAUAUCGGAUGGCAUUGUGCCACGACAUCGCUUCAUGUCAGCCUAUGAGCAGAAAAUUGAGCCUCCAGAUCGUAAAUGGCAGUACCUGCUUUUUGCAGCUGAACCCUACGAGACCAUCGCCUUCAAGGUGCCCAGUCGCGAAGUGGAGAAGACAGAGGGUAAAUUCUGGACGUACUGGAACAAAGACACCAAACAGUUCUUCCUCCAAUUCGCGUUCAAGCUCGAGCCCAAGAUUAUUCCACCGCCGCCGCCGAAUCUUCGAGCAGGGGGACAUGGAAUGGGUUCAGUUGUUCCACCUCCUCCACGUCCUCCCAUGUUCAAUCCCGUUCCACCUCCUCCGCCAAUGGCUGUCCUUCCUGUCCCAGCACCACCAAUGUGAGACACAACUUAGACUUUUAGACGGAACCAUGAAAGGAAUUUUAUCAAUAAAAAUUGUUUUAAAGUC